AUGCUGAGGAGGCCGCGGCUGUUCAUGCUGCUGCUGUCCGUGCUGCACGGAACCGGCGUAGCAUCAACGGGCUCAUCCUGGUACCACGUGCACCCCCAGGCAGGGUUCGGUAUCGCUGAUACCGCGGCAGUGGUGCACUAUACAUCGUCUGCCAUACAGUGUGCUCAGCUGUGCUCGAUUUCUGGCUCAUCUGUCUUCUCCGUCACUGAAGAAAACACAGGAAAAGUGAGAUGCAGAAUUGCAUCGUCUGGCUUCCGAGCUGAGAACCUCACCGCCGGCGCCGCUGCUGCAGGAGAAACAACCUACGUCGACGAACUUACCACAGCCGCACCCACUCCAGGACCAUGUCUGACGGCAUUGGAUAUCAACUGCACCACUGUGGGGACUCACUUCUACCAUCCAAGCGACUGCACCAAGUACCUGAUCUGUCAAGGCGGUACCCACCCGGUAGAAAUGCCAUGCGGAACUGGCACCUACUGGAAUAUGGUUAGCCUCAAUUGUGUUGCGUCUCAGCCUGUAAAAUGUUCUUGCCAGACGUCCGUCUGAAGGGUCCAUACACUUGUGAGUAAAACCCCAUACAUAUGCGAGUAAAGGGCCAUAGACACUUGCGAGUAAAGGGCCCCAUACACUUGCGUGUAUACGGCCUACAAAAUUUUUUUGCCCGACGUCCAUCUAAAAGGUUACAUAGGCUUUUUGUGUUUAAUUCGACCCAUUCAUCGCACACGCAAAUUCAAAUAGACGAAAACAUUAAAUUUUAUUUAUAUUUUUGAUGGAUCAAAACAAAAGAAACGUUAUGAACCUAACUAUGAAAAGUUUGCCAUUGGAUAAUUGAUAUUAUUUCAAAAUGUGACAAUGCCAUAGCAGAAAAAUUUAGGUGAACUGCAAUUAUAAGAACCAAAUGCGCUAAUUUAUCGACCCAUUUCUACCACUUCAAUUAAAUAGCGGCAACACUACAUAUAAGACACCCUAAGAAUAUAAGGACAACGAUAUAUUCAAGUUAAAAAAGACCAACAUACUAAAACAAGAACUAAAGUACUUAUAGAUCUUUAAUGUCGUUAUUGUUCAAUUUUCUAUUGAUUUUCAGCAUUUUCAUCGACAAAUCAUCAAUACUACUGUUGCCAUCCUUCUCUUUCAGCCUCCACACGCUCUCCAAAAAUCUAUUUGGAUCCUAUAGCAAACCAAGUCUGUUCCCUCUGCCAGAUACGCAGUCUCUGCUAUCUCCUCUCUGCCUGUUCUCUCAUUCGCCAACUCAAUGUCUAGAGAUACCCGCAAAUAACAUGUAAACAGAGUUUGUUUUAGGGCACUAUUCAAGGCCAUGCUGAAGCACCACCAUCUACGGCUAUAAUUCGCCUUCCACCAACGACAAGGAGAAAUAAAGUGAACUUCCCGAGGCUCAAACCUGCACGGCUAGUUCCUCUCCCUCAUUAGGUCUUUGCAUUUUACUUCAAUCCACACAUCGUACAUAAAACCCUAAUCUUUUAUCCUCUCUUUCUCAAUGUAUUUCUCCCUCACACAGAACAACUCUGAACUCAUACAAAACAGUAUAUACGAAUAUAUAGACCUCCACCUGUGAUGCCAUCAUACAUGCUUCACACUAUGGCAUCGCUUGACUACCAACAGUAGAUAACACAGGCAGUAAUGCCGAUUAGUUGGAGUGGACACAGAACCAAUUUUAUAUCAAUAAUGCUUCAUUGAUGCUGCACGAUAUAGUGCCACAAGAAUUUUUUUUGUAUCGUAGCAAAGACGAACGUUCUAUACGUAGGAAAGAGGAACUGCCGUUUGAAUGAAUAAGAAUAUAAUGUUAUAUCAUCCACCUCGCAUUUAAAUUAUCCUUUCACGUGAUCUUGAAUAUUUAAUGGCACUCAUUUUAGCUAACAAUGUCUCACUGCUCACACAUCUAAAAAUAUUAUCGUGGAAAACAUGUUUUCAAUAAAGAAAUGAAAAACAAAACCAAGACGUGUCUUUUUCUUAGGUGCUCGUCUGUCGAUAAAAUGUAAUUGCAAUUCUUGUAAGUGCAAGUACUUGCAGCAGGUCAUCUUCGCCUAU